UGCAGCUCUGGCAAUGGAGAACGCACCCCAGGUCAUCCUCUUUCUGCUAUUAAUAACAGUACAUUUAGGCAUAGCUCAAAACACCAAUAGAAAUGGAGUAAACCAAGUUCAUGUUGGGGUGAUCCUCGACUUGGGCUCACUAGUAGGGAAGAUAGCAAAGACCAGUAUUUUAUUGGCCAUUGAAGAUUUCUAUGCGUUGCAUCCAAACUACACCACGAGAGUUGUUAUGCACAUCAAGGAUUCAAUGGGCAGUAGUGUCCAAGCAGCAUCAGAAGCUCUUGACCUGCUGACCAAUUAUAAUGUGAAAGCUAUCAUUGGUCCUCAGAAAUCUUCAGAAGUAUUUUUCGUGUCAGAAAUUGCAAAUAAAAGUAAAGUACCUAUCAUCUCGUUCACAGCAACAAGUCCAUCCCUUACUUUUGACAAUAUACCAUAUUUUGUGCGGGCAACAAUAAAUGAUUCCACACAAGUGAAUAGCAUUGCAUAUCUAAUCAAGCACUACAAAUGGAGAGAAGUGGUUCCUAUCUACAUAGAAACCGAUUAUGGCAGAAGCAUUAUACCGGAUCUUCUCGAUGCACUAGAAGGCAAUUUAAAAGCGAAAGAGUUGGGGAUGAUGACCAAAGGAUAUGUAUGGAUCAUAACAUUUGGAGUUGCCAGUCUUAUAGACUCGCUAAACCCAUCAGUUUUGGAAGCAAUGAAUGGUGCCCUUGGUGUAGAGGUCUAUGUCCCUAGAUCAACAGAACUUGAUAACUUCACCGCAAGAUGGACUACAAGGUUCCGGAUGGACAACCCCAAUGACCCACAGUUGAAAUUAAGCAUAUUUGGCCUAUGGGGCUACGAUACAAUGUGGGCAGUAGCACAAGCAGCAGAACAGGUCAAGUUUACAAACGAAAUCGCCCAGAUGCACCAUAUGACAAAAAGCAUGACAAGCUUGGAAACCCUGAAAAACUCUGGAAAUGGCCAGGAGUUCCUAAAUGCAAUCGUGCAGUAUAAGUUUAAAGGUCUAAGUGGUUACUUUAACUUUUCUGCCAGGCAAUUGCAAUCUUCCACAUUUCAAAUAAUAAAUAUAGUGGGGAAAGGAUGGAGAGAGAUUGGGUUUUGGUCUGCACAGGAUGGAUUUUCACGGAAAUUAACUAAACAAAAAUCAAAUAGAACAUAUCUAAGCAUAGAGCAUGAUCUAAACCCUGCGAUUUGGCCAGGAGAAUCUACAGAUACACCUAGGGGUUGGGAAAUUCCAACGAGUGGGAAGAAGCUUCAAGUUGGUGUGUGCACGAGUAGUGGAUACCCAGAGUAUAUAUAUGCUGAAAAGGAUCUUAUUAUGACCGGUAUGACUAAAGCAAGUGGCCUUGCAGUUGAAGUGUUUGAAGAGGCAGUAAAGAGACUUCCUUAUGCUCUCCCUUAUGAAUAUGUAUUCUAUAACGCUACAGGAAAUAUAAGUUCAAGCUAUGAUGAUUUUGUUUAUCAAGUAUAUCUUAAGAAAUACGACAUGGCAAUUGGAGACAUAACAAUUAGGUACAAAAGAUCUUCGUAUGUGGAUUUCAGCCUGCCAUACACAGAAUCUGGUGUGGCGAUGAUUGUUCCACUCAGAGAAAGCAUAAACCCGACUACAUGGAUUUUUUUGAAGCCACUGACACCUGGAAUGUGGUUUGGAAGCAUCAUACUCUUUAUCUACACAGGGAUUGUUGUAUGGCUACUGGAGUUUCUUGGUAACAGCAAGAAUGCUCGUGGCCCCAUUCCCACACAGAUGGUUAUGAUAUAUUAUUCCCUAUUUGUAGAGAAUGACAUGGCGGAACGCCUCCUGUCUCGGAUAGUGUUGAUCAUAUGGUUGUUUUUUCUUCUGGUGCUAACAUCAAGUUACACUGCAAGUUUGACAUCAAUGCUAACUGUGCGUCAGCUUCAGCCAACUCUAACUGACGUACAUGAACUCCUAAAAAGUGGAGAAUAUGUAGGCUGUCAAGAAGGUUCCUAUGUCAAGGGUCUUUUAGAAGAACUCGGUUUUGACAGAUCGAGGAUCAAGCAAUAUGAUAAUGCUGAAGAUUCUCGAGAUGCACUAUCUAGGGGAAGCAGGAAUGGUGGUAUUUCUGCUCUUGUGGAUGAAGUCCCAUAUAUCAAAUUGUUUCUUGCGAAACACUGUGAGGGGUAUACCAUGGUUGGACCGAUUUAUAAGACAGCGGGAUUUGGAUAUGCAUUUCAAAAGGAAUCCCCUCUACAAGGUGACAUCUCGAAGGCAAUCCUCAACAUAACAGGGGGAGACACUAUCAACCAAAUAGAAAAGAAAUGGAUUGGAGAUCAAAAUAAGUGCCGAAAUGUGGGUACUAUCACUAGUUCGGGUAGCCUAACCUUUGCAGGUUUUGAAGGUCUGUUCAUUCUUACUGGAGUGACCUCAACUUCUUCGCUUUUGAUUGCUCUGAUUAUCUAUUUCUACAAAAAUAAGCAAGUUGAAUCUGGAAGUGGAGACGCAGAGCAAAAUUUUCCACAACAAAAUAAAGGAGGCACAAUUGGGGAACAGAAACAAGAAGAAACUGGACCAAAACAGAUACAUGACAUAAAUCCGCAACAAAACAUGGUUAAGCGUUGUGUAUCAAUUCCCAUUCAUAGGGGUGGUGACAGGGACAGGCCCAGUGGACCACGGGUGGUACCCAUCUCAAGUUCAGCUCGAUUUUAG